CCCUUCUCACUCUUUCUCUCUCUCUCUUUCUAUUUAUAUCCGUCCCUAUCUUUCCUCCCCUCCUUAGCAGGCGCAGAGUUUUCCUUCUCACAAAAUUACAACAAGAAACAAAAAAGAAAAGAAAAUCUCUGUCCUGCUUUCUAUCUUUAUCCUCCUUCUCUUCCUCCUCCCCCAAUCUACUACUAUUCAUUCAUUCUCUCCUCUUCCUCAUUCAUUCAUUCAUUCAUCAUCCCACCACUUGAGUUAGUUAGUCAUAUUAUCAUGAGAAAUUAAAAGAAAAAUAAAUAUCUAUCUAUAUUAAAAAAAGAGAUAGAGAUAGAGAUAGAGAUAGAGAUAGAGAUAGAGAGAUAUAGAGAUAGAGAGAUAGAGGGAUAGGGAUAGGGAGAGUGAUACCGAAAGAAGAAAGAGGGAGGAAAUCGUCGUCGUCGUCGUCGGAGAUGCGGGCGGUGAAGAUGGGCGGGGAGGCGGCGGAGGAGGAGGGGUUUCCGUCGACGCCGGGGAAGGUGAAGAUGGAGCGCGGGGGGCCCGGGCAGUACAACCGGCAGCUGCAGCGGUGCUUCGCGUCGACGAGCAGCCUGUUCCUGUGGGCGCUGUUCCUGGUGGCGCUGACGGCCUCGUACCUGAGCUUCCAGAGCUUCGUGGACACGUCGUCCCGCUACCUGUCGGCCUCCUGGGGCGGCCUCCACUGGGAGCGCCGCCUGCGCGCCUCCGCCCGCCCGCGCCGGCCCGACGGGCUCUGCGUGCUCGUCACCGGCGCCGCGGGCUUCGUGGGGUCGCACGCGUCCCUCGCCCUCCGCCGCCGCGGCGACGGCGUCCUCGGCCUCGACAACUUCAACCCCUACUACGACCCCUCCCUCAAGCGCGCGCGCCAGUCCCUCCUGGCCUCGCACGGCGUCUUCGUCGUGGAGGGCGACCUCAACGACGCCCCGCUCCUCGCCCGCCUCUUCGCCGCCGCGCCCUUCACCCACGUCCUCCACCUCGCCGCCCAGGCCGGCGUCCGCUACGCGCUCGAGAACCCGGCCUCCUACGUCCGCUCCAACGUCGCCGGCCUCGUCGCGCUCCUCGAGGCCUGCCGCGCCGCCGACCCCCAGCCCGCCGUCGUCUGGGCCUCGUCGUCCUCCGUCUACGGCCUCAACGACAAGGUCCCCUUCUCCGAGUCCGACCCCACCGACCGCCCCGCCUCGCUCUACGCCGCCACCAAGAAGGCCGGCGAGGAGAUCACCCACGCCUACAACCACAUCUACGGCCUCUCCGUCACCGGCCUCCGCUUCUUCACCGUCUACGGGCCCUGGGGCCGCCCCGACAUGGCCUACUUCGCCUUCGCGCGCGCCAUCCUGCAGGGCAAGCCCAUCACCGUCUACCGCGGCCGCGACGGCGUCGACCUCGCGCGCGACUUCACCUACAUCGACGACGUCGUGCGCGGCUGCGUCGCCUCGCUCGACACCGCGCGGCCGAGCACGGGGGGCCGCGCGGGGCGGAAGCGCGGGGAGGCGCAGUACCGGAUCUACAACCUGGGCAAAGCGCCGGUGACGGUGCCGCGGCUCGUCUACCUGCUGGAGAAGCACCUCGGGGUGCGCGCGCGGCGCAACGUCGUCGAGAUGCCCGGCAACGGCGACGUCCCCUUCACCCACGCCAACAUCUCCCUCGCCCGCGCCGAGCUCGGCUACAAGCCCACCACCAAUCUCGACGCCGGCCUCAAGAAGUUCGUCAAAUGGUACCUCUCCUACUACGGAAGCCUGUAUGCAUUCAACUCUUAA